UAAACCUCACCACGCGGAGCAUGUGGUCACUGCAGUCGCCAGUUCUCAUCAGUUCGAGUGCACAUCGCUGCCCCUCCAAACCACAACCUAAGCAAAAAUGGCAUUUGCUGGAAUCCUGAGUGAUGCUGACAUCACUGCAGCCCUGCAGGCUUGCCAAGCUGCUGACUCCUUCAACUACAAGACCUUCUUCAGCAAGGUUGGCCUGAGUGGAAAGUCCAGCGAUGAUGUCAAGAAGGCCUUCGCCGUCAUUGAUCAGGACAAGAGCGGCUUCAUUGAGGAGGAUGAGCUGAAACUGUUCCUGCAGAACUUCUCUGCUAGUGCCAGAGCUCUGACUGAUGCUGAGACCAAGGCCUUCCUGGCAGCUGGUGACAGUGAUGGUGAUGGCAAAAUUGGAGUUGAUGAGUUUGCUGCCCUUGUGAAGGCUUAAGCACUUCAUGCAGCCUGUUUUUUGGAGAUGAUGAGCUUGCUACUGUGGACAAGGGUUAAAUGACAGCUGACCACAACAACCUCUUACUGAAAAGGAACAACAAUUCCCAAAGCCAAGCUGAUUUUUAUACAUGACUUUGACUGCGCACCUUCUGCUCCCAAGCUGCCCUCUGUCCUGAAUGACUUAUUGUCAAAUGGUUGUUUAAGACAUGUCUUAGACGUGAACUUGGGGUACUGUACAAUCUGUGAUGCACUUUUUUGGGAAAGGAUGGUGAGGAGAGAAUAAAUGUUCUUUUUUUCA